AUGGAGGGAGGAGUUCAUGCAGACGCUGAUUCAGCUUUUAGAGAGUGUUUCUCUUUGACAUGGAACCCUUAUGUUCUCCGCCUUGCUUUCUCUGCCGGAAUCGGCGGCCUCCUCUUUGAUGACACAGGAGUGAUUUCGGGAGCUCUUCUUUAUAUCAGAGAUGACUUCAAGUCUGUGGAUAGACAAACUGUGUUACAGGAGAGCAUAGUUAGUAUGGCUGUAGCCGGAGCGAUUAUUGGAGCUGCAGUUGGUGGAUGGAUGAAUGAUCGUUAUGGAAGGAGAAGCGCGAUCCUGAUAGCUGAUUUUCUCUUCUUCAUUGGUGCUGUGAUCAUGGCCUCAGCUCCGAACCCAGCUGCUCUUAUUAUCGGUCGUGUUUUUGUUGGACUUGGGGUGGGAAUGGCAUCAAUGACAGCUCCCCUGUAUAUCUCUGAAGCUUCUCCAGCAAAAAUCCGCGGAGCCCUUGUUAGUACCAAUGGUUUUCUCAUCACCGGUGGACAGUUCCUCUCUUACCUUAUCAACUUAGCCUUUACUAAGGCUCCAGGGACAUGGCGGUGGAUGCUUGGAGUUGCUGGCAUUCCAGCUCUUCUGCAGUUCAUAUUCAUGUUGCUUCUUCCAGAAUCGCCGCGUUGGCUAUACCGUAAGGGAAGAGAAGAAGAAGCGAAAGCGAUUCUACGGAAAAUCUACCCUGCCCACGAGGUUGAAACAGAAAUUCAGGACCUAAAAGAAUCAGUUGAUAAAGAAGUUCAGGAAGAAGGAUCUUCUGAGAAGAUAAACUUUAUCAAACUAUUGAAAACCAAAACAGUGAGACGAGGACUUAUAGCUGGAGUUGGCCUUCAGGUUUUCCAACAAUUUGUAGGUAUAAACACAGUUAUGUAUUACAGCCCUACCAUUGUUCAGUUAGCCGGUUUCGCGUCCAACCAAACUGCACUCCUCCUUUCACUUGUCACUGCUGGCCUCAAUGCCUGUGGCUCCAUUGUGAGCAUAUACUUCAUCGACAGGACUGGAAGGAAGAAACUUCUAAUCAUCAGCUUGCUCGGGGUUAUAAUUUCUCUGGGACUUUUAUCAGCAGUAUUCCAUGAGACUACUUCUCACUCACCGAUGGUUAGUCUGGUCGAAACAUCUCAUUUCUCAAACACCACUUGCCCAGAUUAUAGUGAAACUGCAAAAACAGAGAGGUGGGAUUGUAUGAAGUGUCUGAAGGCUUCAUCUCCAGAUUGUGGCUUCUGUGCUUCACCUUCUAAUAAGCUAUUUCCCGGGGCAUGUUUGGUCUCCAAUGACGACGUCAAGAAAUCAUGCCAUAAAGAGGGCAGAGAGUGGUACACAAGGGGAUGCCCAAGCAAAUAUGGGUGGCUCGCGCUAAUUGGCCUGGCACUCUACAUCAUAUUUUUCUCUCCUGGAAUGGGAACUGUCCCAUGGAUUGUGAAUUCUGAGAUCUAUCCUUUGAGGUUCCGAGGGGUCUGUGGAGGAAUAGCUGCCACGGCAAACUGGAUAUCAAACCUCAUUGUGGCACAAUCCUUCCUAUCUCUGACUCAGGCAAUUGGAACAUCCUGGACAUUUCUAAUAUUUGGGGUCAUUUCAGUCAUAGCUUUGAUCUUUGUUCUAGUAUGUGUUCCAGAAACUAAAGGGCUUCCAAUUGAGGAAGUUGAGAAGAUGCUGGAGCUCAGAGCUUUCCAUUACAAGUUCUGGGAGGCGAGGCCUAAGCCAUCAGAAAAGGGUAGUGCUGCUUGAAGAACAAGAAUCUAAUAAUAGGAAUAUUUAUAUAUUGAAAUCAAAUUAGGAAUCCCUACAGACUGGGCAAUGUAAGUUCUUUAUGGUAUUCAUGAAAUCAACAAGUAAGGGAUGUAUUUCCAUAUAGAAAGCAUGCCUCCUUAAGUCACUAUUUUCA